AGCGACGGGAGGACAGACAGACCGUGGAGGGAGAAAGCUGGAUGUAUUAGCUUCUCUGCUACUUUAGGACACAUUUUUCCUUCUUUCGUUUCCGCCUGUUGAAAUCAAAGCGCCUCGAUGCGGCGGUGUGUGUUUUGUGUGCUGGGAAAACGUCGUAAAUCUUAACAUUCAAACAUUCACCGACAGUCUGACCGCGGACGGUUAGUUAGCACGACCCGACGAAAGUUAGCCUGCUCCGGCUAACUUAGUUAGCCUGCUCCCAGCUAGCAAGACAAGACAAAAAACAGGCUAGUGGAAAAAGGAGUGGGAAAGUGGCGCUGCGGCGGAAAGUAUCUCGUAAUGUUGCCUCCCGGGAUUAACUUCAGAUACGGAUGAGAAAGAAGUUGGCGAGUGGGGAACACCGAGAACAACCGACGGCCACUGAUAUGUUGGGGGUGAUUCACGGCUCUGGCAGCCCGCCUGAGUCCCGAGGUUGGCCACACUCGGUGCUGUGGAGGCUCGGGGGCUUCUUCUUCCUCCUGCUGCUGGAAGGGGCCGGCUGCCUGGCCAACCCGAGCAGCACCUCUGGCUUCAACAACAACAAUAACAACAACCCGAGUGUCAACAUCUACAUGAGCGUCGAGGAGGUGAAGAAGCUGCUGGGCCUCGACGCAGAGCUCUACUAUGUGCGAGAUGAUGUGGUGAAUCAUUAUGCCCUCUCCUUCACCCUGCCUGUGCCCAGCGAAACCAACAGUCUUCACUUCUCAUGGCAUUCCAAGACAAAGGUUGACUACCGGCUUGGCUUCCACAUGGAGAAUCCUAUUGCCAUGAACCAACCACGGAGCAACAUCUCCAGUCAGGGGGAGGUGCCCCGUGUUCCCUCUGUCUUUAGAGUGGACCUCUUCUGUUCCGGCAAGGUCGAUGGAGAGGCUGUUUUAACUGUGCAGCUCAAUCUGACCAUCCAUGCCAACAACUACACAGUGCUCAACUUCAAGAGGAGGAAAAUGUGCUAUAAGAGAAUCGAUUCCGACCCAAAGAUUCCCAUUCCCCCCAACAACAACACUCUUCCACGGCCUGACUUCGACGGUGUGACCGCCCCCACCACCUCCACCCAGGUGUUCUAUAUCAGCGUGAGCGUCUGCUGCAUCGUCAUCUUCCUUGUGGCCAUCAUCCUGGCCAUCCUGCACCUGCACAGCAUGAAGAGAGUGGAGAUGGAGGACAGCGUGAGUGACAGCGGUAGCUCGCAGGGCCUGUCUCAGCCGUCCACACAGACCACACAGUACCUGAGGGCUGACACUCCAAACAACGCUGCCCCCGUCACCAACAAUCACCCUGGUUCUGCACCCAUUCUCCAGCUUGCUGCCUCCUCCUUCCAAAACCCUGGUGUCCCCCCUCAUGAAACCAAAAGUUACCCCUCUCUCCGCAUUGAGAAGAAUGACCUGAGGAGUGUCACCCUAAUCGAGGCCAAAGCUAAAGUGAAAGACAUUGCUAUCUCGAGGGAGAGAGUCACACUGCGUGAUGUCUUGCAUGAAGGCACAUUUGGCCGCAUCUUUCACGGCGUGCUGCUGGACGAAAAGGACCCCAGUAAGGAGAAGCAGGUCUUUGUGAAGACAGUGAAAGAUCAUGCGUCUGAGGUGCAGGUGACCAUGAUGUUGACUGAAAGCUGCAAGCUUCGUGGACUUCAUCAUCGAAAUCUGCUGCCUAUAAGUCACGUAUGUACAGAGGAUGGAGAGAAGCCCAUGGUGCUGCUGCCUUUCAUGGCUUGGGGCAAUCUCAAGCUGUUUCUGCGCCAAUGCAAGCUAGCUGAGGCUAACAACCCACAGGCCGUCUCUCAGCAAGACUUGGUUUACAUGGCCAUCCAGAUUGCAUGUGGAAUGAGCUACCUGGCUCGCAGGGAGGUCAUACACAAAGACCUCGCUGCCAGGAACUGCGUCAUUGACGACAACAUGCAGGUGAAGAUAACAGACAAUGCCCUUGCCCGAGACCUAUUUCCGAUGGAUUACCACUGUCUGGGGGAUAAUGAGAACAGGCCAGUCCGCUGGAUGGCCCUGGAAAGCUUGCUAAACAACGACUUCUCCAGUGCGAGUGACGUGUGGGCCUUUGGAGUGACGCUGUGGGAACUGAUGACUUUGGGUCAGACGCCAUACGUCGACAUCGACCCUUUUGAGAUGUCGGCCUACCUGAAGGAUGGGUACAGAAUAGCACAACCAAUCAACUGUCCAGAUGAACUGUUUGCAGUGAUGGCUUGCUGCUGGGCCCUGGACCCAGAGGAGAGGCCCAAGUUUCAGCAGCUCGUUCAGUGUCUCACAGAGUUCCACGCAGCGUUGGGCGCUUACGUGUGAAAACAAGCUGCUUCUUUCCUCCCUGAGAACAGCAACACUGAAGGCUGGUGGACACUUCAUAAGGAAUACAUGUCUGAAAUGUGCCUUAUCAGAUGACAGCAGACUAAAGCCUGAUGAUUUUAUUUUGUACAGUCCUUUUGGAGUUUUUAUAUAGUUGAAUUAUCUUUUUACAGCAUAGCAAAGUAAAAGGAGUCUUCGUUGAAUAUUUUUUUUCGUACGCUUUGAAGGUGUCUAGAAAUGUGGUGCUCUUCCCUUGCAUUCCCGGACGUUUUUGUGCCAUUGGACAAAUUUUUUAAAGCGCAAUUUAAGCCUCUGACAAAGUGGUUUUAAAGACAGUAUUUUCUACAGUUUUUAUCUUAGUGAAACAGUGUAAAGUGUAGAUGUGGAUGAGAGUACCUCUACAGCAGAAUGAUUUAGGUACCAGAGUAGUUUAAGGGCUUCAUUUGUAUAUGUAACCACACUCUCCAACACGGUACGAGAGGCCUCAAGGAAAACUUCGGUACACUGUUUCCUCUGGACGACACUACAAACUACUUUUCUUCGUGGAUCAAAUGUAUGGACGCCACAGCUUGUACAAAAUCAGCAUCGCAAAGCUACAUAUAUGACUUGAUUUUUAAGAAUCCAGAGUGAAUAAUGGACACUGUUUGAACGCCACCAGCUUCUCCCUCUUUUGUACAUUUAAUUUCCACUAUCACAACCUCCGAACAGAGUUAUCACCACGUCUCUAUUUUAUAAGCUUGAUUGUUCUGCGUCAGAACACGGCCCGUCACAGGAUUUUUUUUGACUGAUUUUUGUGAGUAACUAGAACAUUAAUAAUCACUGUGAACACACAAAACUGCCUACCAGCUUUGGUCUAAUCUUAUUCUCACACCUUUAACAUCUUUGUGAUGUGUCUUUAUGCUCACUGCAUGUUGAAUUAAGGUUUUAAACUGCUUCCCAAAUUUCAUAUCCACAAAUUAAAUGGGAUCUUUUAAAUAUAGAA